AAAAACAAAGUGCAAGCCAUAUCAAAAGUUUAAUGGGGUUUGCUGGCUGCUGCUGAGCCACUGGCUUCUUCUCCGUCGAUAAACUAUAGCCGAGGUGCUUCUUCUCAGCACUGCUUGUCAUCCGAAAUGAGUAUCUCUGGUGCUGCACUUGGUUCAGGCAGAAUUUUAGGAAGAGCGGUAGAGUUUGGGAAAACUCAUGUGGUUAGGCCCAAAGGGAAACACCAAGCUACUAUUGUCUGGCUACAUGGUCUUGGCGACAAUGGCUCCAGCUGGUCCCAGCUUUUGGAGACACUUCCCCUUCCAAAUAUAAAAUGGAUAUGCCCAACUGCUCCUUCUCAACCUAUAAGUUUAUUUGGUGGUUUUCCCUCUACAGCUUGGUUUGAUGUUGUGGGCAUCAAUGAAGAUGGACUUGAUGAUGUAGAAGGACUGGAUGGGGCUGCCGCACAUGUUGCAAAUUUGUUGUCGAAUGAGCCUGGUGAUAUUAAAUUAGGCGUUGGAGGGUUCAGCAUGGGUGCAGGGACGUCUUUAUAUUCUGCGACAUGUUUUGCACUCGGUAAAUAUGGAAAUGGCAAUCCUUACCCUAUCAAUUUAAGCACAGUCAUUGGCUUAAGCGGUUGGCUUCCUUGUGCAAAGACACUGACUGGCAAACUAGAAGAGGAACAGAUCAAGAACCGAGCUGCGUCGUUACCCAUUUUAGUUUGUCAUGGAAAAGGUGAUGAUGUGGUACCGUACAAGUUUGGGGAGAAAUCUUCACAAGCCUUGAUAUCACAUGGGUUUAAGAAAACCACCUUCAAAGCUUACACUGGACUUGGCCACUAUACCAUCCCACAGGAGAUGAAUGAGUUAUGCUCGUGGUUAACAUCUAACCUCGGCCUGGAAGGUUGAAAAGGCUUUUCAAUCAUGUCACUUUUUGAUGAAAAAACCCUUCAAAAUCUUGAAAGUUACAUUGAUUUUGAUUAGAUCCUUCAUUCUAUCAGAAAAAAAAUAAUUAGAUCCUUCGUAUUUUCACUUUAAUAUGUAUACAUUGGGGAAUAUAUGUAACAUCAAAGUAUUAGUAGUGGUGGUAGUCUUAAAAGUUGAGAGAUUAAGAAGUA